GAGGAGCUUCGCGAGGGGGGGUGAACGCUUUCCCUACGUGCUCGUUCGCUCUGCGACCGCUGCGCGCCAGCCUGGUGUCCCCGCGGCGGCCAGCAGCGGCAGCGGCGUCGGUGGAACGCGGCGGGGGCGGAGGGAGCCCACGGCGGCGGCGGCUGCAACUGCGAAAUGGCGGAAACAGUGGCAGACACCCGGCGGCUGAUCACCAAACCGCAGAACCUGAACGACGCCUACGGGCCGCCCAGCAACUUCCUUGAGAUCGAUGUGAGCAACCCUCAGACUGUGGGUGUCGGCCGGGGUCGCUUCACCACCUAUGAAAUCAGAGUCAAGACAAAUCUGCCUAUUUUCAAGCUGAAGGAAUCUACAGUUAGAAGGAGAUACAGUGACUUUGAAUGGCUGCGAAGUGAAUUAGAAAGAGAGAGCAAGGUUGUAGUUCCCCCACUCCCUGGGAAAGCAUUUUUACGUCAGCUUCCUUUUAGAGGAGAUGAUGGAAUAUUUGAUGACAAUUUUAUUGAAGAAAGGAAGCAAGGGCUGGAGCAGUUUAUAAACAAGGUCGCUGGUCAUCCUCUGGCACAGAAUGAGCGUUGUCUUCACAUGUUUUUACAGGAUGAAAUAAUAGAUAAAAGCUAUACUCCAUCUAAAAUAAGACAUGCCUGAAAUUUGAUGAGAAAGGACAAAAAAAACAAACUUUCUGUGACUAUUAAUGAUUCGUAUGCACCAGUGAAGAAGUUCUAACUUUUAGCAUGCUGCACAGAAACUGGUAUAUCAUGCCUUUAGUAUACUAACACUCAUAUGCUCUGCUUUGUUUGUUUUGUUUGGGCAGUUGACAAGAAGUUAAUUUGCUUUAGUGAAAAUCCCUCAUUCCAGCCUUUCUAUAUAAUAACUCUUUCCUGCUGUUUUAAUGUGGUGCACACUAUAGCUUCACAAACUUGUUAUUCCAGCGUAAUCUCCAGUGCCCUAACUAAAGUUACUGACCUGGUCAUAUCUGCACAGUUUUUGUGUCAUGUUUGCUUCUUGAAUCUGAGUAACUAGAAUAUUUCUCUUAUCCUCUUUUUAAUAUGUGAUGUCACAUGACCUAAUUUAUGUGUAGGAGCACUGCUCCAUUGGUUGCCAGCACCCUACAUGUAAUAUACACAUUCAUAUGCAGAAAGUAUCCCCCUGCAGGCUUGUAAUACCCUUCACAUGGAAGAUCAGUGAGGGAAAUCUUUAUAUUCUGUAUAAAAACAAAAUCAAAUUUCUAUACUAAAAUCAUUUGUCUAAAAAUUUAAGUUGUUUUCAAAUAA